AUGAACUCUUUCCGCAUCGCCCGUGCGGCUCUCCGAGCUCGCCCUGCCGCCAUCCGAGUUCCCCUCCAGCGAAGAACCUACGCCGAGGCCGUCCCCGACAAGGCAAGACCAGAGACACCCGCCAACCCGGCUACUAUCAAGCUGAGCCUUGCCCUUCCUCACCAGUCUAUCUACAAGUCCCAGGAUGUCGUCCAGGUCAACAUCCCCGCCGAGUCUGGAGAGAUGGGUGUCCUCGCCAACCACGUUCCUUCCAUUGAGCAGCUGAAGCCUGGUCUGGUUGAGGUUGUCGAGGAGUCCGCUGGCUCCAAGCAGUUCUUCCUUUCUGGUGGAUUUGCUACCGUUCAGCCCAACUCCGUCCUCAGUAUCAACGCCGUCGAGGGUUACCCCCUUGAGGACUUCAGCGCUGAGGCUAUCCGAAACCAGAUCGCCGAGGCCCAGAAGGUCGCCAACGGCAGCGGAAGCGAGCAGGAUAUUGCUGAGGCCAAGAUCGAGUUGGAGGUUCUCGAGACUCUCCAGGCGCAUGUGAAAUAA